UUCGCUCAGGCAGGCGGCUACUGCUCUCUUUCACACUGGGGGGGUUGAACCGAGAAGGAAGAAGGGCUGUUUGAGUGGAGCUCUUCGGCAUGCAGCAGAGUUGGCCGCGGGAGUGAAUUCUUUCUUUAUUUCUCCGGGAAGAGUGAAUGUCGCAGGCGGUUGGAGAGGGCAAAUAGUGUCAAAAGAUGGAGGGUUCGGCACAACCAGGAGCGAGGUCGAAUGGGCCCUCUGCAGCGCCCAGCAGCCAGGUGGAUUCCCCCUUGAGCCCGCCUCUGUCCCCGCAAGAACCAACUGAAGAGGAUCAGUCGUCUCUAGCCAAUGUCACCCAAAUGGGGAUUGAGUUUGCCAAAAGCUUUGCUGUCAUCUUCCCCAUCUAUGUUCUGGGUUACUUUGAGUUCAGCUUCAGCUGGAUUCUGAUUGGACUCGCCAUGGUUUUUUACUGGAAGAAGAACUACGGCAAAAGGGACUACAGGAUAAACCGUGCCCUGGCAUACCUGGAGCACAAGGACAAAGUGGUGAAGCUGAGCUUGCCAACCACUGAGAUGCCGCCAUGGGUCCAUUAUCCAGAUGUGGAGAGAGUGGAGUGGCUUAAUAAGACAGUAAAGCAGAUGUGGCCGUUCAUCUGCCAGUUUGUGGAUAAGCUGUUCAGAGAGACCAUCGAGCCGGCAGUGAAGGGCGCCAACCCUCACCUCAGCAGCUUCUGCUUCACCAAGAUUGACAUGGGCGACAAGCCGCUAAGAGUCAAUGGGGUCAAAGUUUACACUGAAAACAUAGACAAGAGGCAAGUCAUCAUGGACCUGCAGAUCAGUUUUGUGGGGAACACAGAAAUCGACGUGGACAUAAAGAAGUAUUACUGCAGGGCUGGAAUCAAAAGCAUACAGCUUCAUGGAACGUUGCGAGUGGUGAUGGAACCGUUGCUGGGAGACAUGCCUCUGAUCGGAGCUCUGACUGUCUUUUUCCUACAAAAACCUCUUCUGGACAUUAAUUGGACUGGACUCACAAACAUUCUGGAUAUUCCUGGUCUCAACGGUUUGUGUGAUGGCAUCAUCCAGGACAUUAUUCAGGGCUACUUGGUGAUGCCAAAUCAAAUCAGAAUUCCUCUGGUGGGAGAGGCUGAAUUGUCCAGAAUCCGCUUUCCCACUCCCAAGGCCGUGCUGAGGAUCCACUUCAUAGAAGCCCAGGAGCUGAUGAGUAAAGACAGGUUGCUGGGCGGCCUGAUCAAAGGCAAGUCUGAUCCGUACGGAGUCAUUCAGGUCGGGACGGUGCUUUUCCAGAGCAAAAUCAUAAACGAAAGUCUCAAUCCAAAGUGGAAUGAAGUGUACGAGGCCUUGAUCUAUGACAACAUGCCAAAUGAGGUUAAGUUCGAGCUGUUUGACAAAGACAACAAUCAGGAUGACUUUUUGGGAGGUCUGAGCCUGGACCUGGUGGAGCUGCAGAAGGUGCUGAUGGUGGACCAGUGGUUCCCCCUGGAUGACGCACGGACGGGGAAGCUGCAUCUCAAACUUGAGUGGUUGUCUCUGCUGCAGACGCCGGACAAGCUUAACCAGGUGAUGGCAGACAUCGGAGCUGAUCGGGGUCAGGCCAAUGACGGGCCUUCGUCUGCUGUGCUUAUCAUCUUCCUGGAUUCAGCCAAAAACCUGCCGAGCGUCUUCGAGGGGAACUUGGGCUCUGGCUUCUUAAAAGAGAGGCGUGCGGCGGGCCUCGUGUUUUGCGAGAACACCGCUACUCUCUGUAGGAGCUUAUUUCGCAAUCCAUUAGAGUUCCACCCAGCAGGGCCGAGGAAGGCCUCGGUCAGUGAGCUCAUCAAGACUAAAAAAGUCACAAGUGACCCAAAUCCAUUUGUCCAGUUCAGAGUGGGACACAAAUCCUUUGAAAGCAAGACCAAAUACAAAACCAUUCAACCACUGUGGGAGGAAAACUUCACCUUCCUCAUCCAUAACCCCAAAAAACAAGAACUAGAAGUGGAGGUGAAGGAUGCCAAGCAUGAGUGUUCAAUGGGAACCAUAUCGGUUCCUCUGAGCCGCCUGGUGGAGGCCAAGAACAUGAUGCUGAAUGAGCAUUUUCCCAUGAAGAACCAGGGGCCAGGCUCCACUGUAAAAAUGAAGAUGGCUCUCCGGGUGUUGAGUCUAGAGAAGGACACAUCUCCUGGCACAAGGUCUAACCCAUCCGCAGUCCAGGUCCACAAGUCAAGCUCUUCUAGCCCGAUGCCUAGCCCCUCUGUGUCCUCAGAGUCUGCCAUGCCAACCCCAAACGACCCCAGCAUCCCCCGCUCCGCCUCCGUGUCAACCCAGGACCAGCAAAGGGAGCCCACGAGGCCCACAGACUACAAGGACACCGGAUCAAACCUCAUGAGAAAAGGGGGACGUGGAGGCUUAGCGGAGAAUGGGCGGAGCACCUCCAACCUGGCCCUCUCUGGCUCCCAGCUGUACCUGGCUGAUGGCAAAGAGUCAACACCCAGCAUCGCGUCGGACAUCUCCAACCCCUACGCCACUCAAGAGCUACAGCAGAGACUCCAACAGCUUUAUAACGGUUCUGGCCUAUCACACCCUCCUCUGGGGGAGAUCAGGCUAACGAUCCGAUACUCCAUGCAGAGGAACAAACUGGUUGUGAUCGUUCACUCCUGCAGAGACCUGAUCUCAUUCACCGAUCAUGGCUCCGAUCCGUACGUCCGCCUCUACCUGCUCCCUGACAAGCGGCGCUCUGGCAGAAGGAAAACCCAUACCAUAAAGAAAAGCCUGUCCCCCGUAUACGAUAAGCCGUUUGAGUUUGACGUUUCCUUGGUGGAGCUACACAGGAGAAUUCUGGAUGUUGCAGUCAAGAACGGUGGCGGUAUCCUCUCCAAACACAGAGGCCUACUUGGAAAGGUUCAGGUGGAUUUGAAUUUUGAAGAAAUACAUAAAGGUUUGACGCUAUGGUUUGAGCUGAGCGAAGACGGCCGAGAAAAGGCGCGACAUCCAUGAGGAGUUUUCCUCACCCUGAGCACUUGCAUCCUCGUCAGCGUCGUAUCUCCACACUUCCACUUAGCUUUCCUCAUCACUCAUAAAAGGAACUCUCUUCUAAAUUUCAUGUAACCACAUCAGGCAAAUCUCCCCUUCAAGGGUGGGGGAGUUAAAGGGAGCGUUUGAAUGUUUUACACAAUGUACUGCUGUGGAAUUCUAGUUGUAGUUAAUAGAGGAAGCUACCUUCCCAGCAGUUUCCACAUGACUGUAAAUAAUGUAAAUUGAUGCAAACCAGAGUAUACUGAGGUGUCUUACAGGCCAAAUAAUUGUUGAUCAUUUUAUCUGAUUUCUUCCUUUUUUUUUAAAUGGCUUUAAAAAUAUAGUUUCUGAAGUAGAAAAGGAGUCACACCAAAGAUAGAAGUAUUUAAUUAUUUUACGUUUAUGGGUUUUGGUAACACGUCUCCACGCUGGCUUUACACUGCUGUAAUAACACAAUCUCCAAACCAAGUACAAUUUAUACACAAUUGUCGCUAAAGUUACGCAAAUUUGUUGUUUUUCUGGGACAAAUUUGUUAGUUUCUCUCGUAAAUAGAUAUGUUUUUAUGUCAAACCAAGGCCACCGCAGAGUGUUAUUGCCUUUUCUUUUUUAAAACUGCGACUGUUUGCACAUAUGUAUUUGAAAAAAAAUCUGUCUAUGAUCCUGAGUAUUCAAUGUAAAAAUCUACAGAAAAUAAAUAGCAUUUUUUAACCAAUGAGGAAGAUUUUAUCUUAGGUCUCUUUAAAAGAAGAAAAGCUUUGUUGUUUACGUAUAGAGCACAGAAUAGCAAGAAAAAUGGUAGUUUUAUUGUAUCUAUUCACUGCUUUUUGAUGCCCUGGUGAAUUUUCAGCUGUUUUUAUUCCUCUCCUUCAAAAACAUGAAUGAUUUGUUCUUGUUUGUUGUAAUUGAUUGAUUUCUCAGUUCUCAAACAAAAAACAUAAAGCUAAUUAAAAAAAAAAAA